ACAACCACAACAACAGCAACUACAACAACUGUAGCUCCUACAACAACUUUAGCAUCCACUUCAACCACAGCAGCUGCCUCUACGACAACCACUGCAGCUCUAACUACAACAACUGCUGUUCCUACGACCACUGCAACUCCAGAACCUAUUACGACAACCAGUGCAGCUCCUACUACAACAACUGCUGUUCUAACUACCACAGUGACUGCAGCACCUUCUACAACAACUACAACUUCAGCGCCUACGACAACCACAACAGCAACACCUACAACAACUGUAGUUCCCACGACAACUGCAGCUCCUACAACAACUUUAUCAUCUACUUCAACCACAGCAGCUGCCUCUACGACAACCACUGCAGCUCUAACUACAACAACUGCUGCUCAAACGACCACUACAACUCCAGAACCUAUUACGACAACCACUGCAGCUCCUGCUACAACAACUACAACUUCAGCUCUUACGACAACACCAACAACAGCAACUACAACAACUGUAGCUCCUACGACAACUGCAGCUCCUACAACAACUUUAGCGUCCACUUCAACCACAGCAGCUGCCUCUACGACAACCACUGCAGCUCUAACUACAACAACUGCUGCUCAAACGACCACUACAACUCCAGAGCCUAUUACGACAACCACUGCAGCUCCUGCUACAACUACAACUUCAGCUCCUACGACAACCACAACAACAGCAACUACAACAACUGUAGCUCCUACAACAACUUUAGCAUCCACUUCAACCACAGCAGCUGCCUCUACGACAACCACUGCAGCUCUAACUACAACAACUGCUGUUCCUACGACCACUGCAACUCCAGAACCUAUUACGACAACCAGUGCAGCUCCUACUACAACAACUGCUGUUCUAACUACCACAGUGACUGCAGCACCUUCUACAACAACUACAACUUCAGCGCCUACGACAACCACAACAGCAACACCUACAACAACUGUAGUUCCCACGACAACUGCAGCUCCUACAACAACUUUAUCUACAACAACUGCUGCUCAAACGACCACUACAACUCCAGAGCCUAUUACGACAACCACUGCAGCUCCUGCUACAACUACAACUUCAGCUCCUACGACAACCACAACAACAGCAACUACAACAACUCCUAUUACGACAACCACUGCAGCUCCUGCUACAACUACAACUUCAGCUCCUACGACAACCACAACAACAGCAACUACAACAACUUUAGCGUCCACUUCAACCACAGCAGCUGCCUCUACGACA